ACAAGGCGAGGAUUGUGAAGGGGGCGUGGCCAGUCGACGCCAUAAGCUAGCUACGGCUAGGAGAAAAUCGAUCCAGGGAAAUUUAACUAAAGGAAACCAAAUUGGAUUGAGCAAAACAGGGAGAGGACUAUAUUCUGCUGCAGGAGGUUUACCUGCAACCCUUCAAUGCCCCGAUGGCUACCGACAUGCCCGCAGACACGGUGUCAGUCCCUCAUCCCGCCCCGGCCUCGUCCCCCGAUCCCGUCUCAGCGUCUCCUGCUGCUUCCCUCGGCUCCAGCGCAGGCCAAGACCAGAUCUCCAACCAGGAGUCAGAAAUACCCGAAAGCUCUGACACGCCAGUGACUUCAGAACACGAUGCGGGUCCAGAUCCCACCCCGGCCCAGCCUGCGGACCCAAACGCGUCUCCGGUCCCAGAGUCCCCCCCGGAGCCACCGGCGACUGCCAAGAACGCCAGCUGCAAGAUUAUGACCUUCCGACCCACCAUGGAGGAGUUCAAAGACUUUGCCAAAUACAUUGUCUACAUGGAAAGUCAAGGAGCUCAUCGUGCGGGCCUGGCAAAGGUGAUUCCUCCCGAGGGCUGGAAGCCGCGCAGGUCCUACGACACCAUCGAGGACAUGGUGAUUCCAGCGCCCAUCAUGCAGGUUGUGACCGGCCAGUCGGGUCUUUUCACUCAGUACAACAUUCAGAAGAAAUCUAUGACUGUGGGCGACUACCGCAAGCUGGCCAACAGCAAGAAGUACUGCACACCGCGCCACAAAGACUUUGACGACCUGGAGAGGAAGUACUGGAAGAACCUGACAUUUGUGUCGCCAAUCUACGGUGCAGAUGUUAGUGGCUCCAUCUAUGACGAGGACAUUCACGAGUGGAACAUUGGCCACCUCAACACGCUGCUGGAUAUGGUGGAGCAGGAGUGUGGCAUCGUCAUCGAGGGCGUCAACACUCCCUACCUGUAUUUUGGCAUGUGGAAAACCACCUUUGCUUGGCACACUGAGGAUAUGGACCUCUACAGCAUCAACUACCUUCACUUUGGACAGUCCAAGUCCUGGUACGCCGUCCCGCCCGAGCACGGCAAGAGACUGGAGAGGUUGGCGCAAGGCUUCUUCCCUGGCAGCUCCCAAGGUUGCGACGCCUUCCUUCGCCACAAGAUGACGCUCAUAUCUCCGUCCAUCCUCAAGAAGUACGGCAUUCCCUUUGACAGGAUAACUCAGAACGAAGGGGAGUUCAUGAUCACCUUUCCUUACGGCUACCACGCUGGCUUCAACCACGGCUUCAACUGCGCCGAGUCCACCAACUUUGCCACCCUGCGCUGGGUGGACUACGGCAAGAUGGCCACGCAGUGUACCUGUCGAAAGGACAUGGUGAAGAUCUCCAUGGAUGUGUUUGUGCGCUGCCUGCAGCCUGAUCGCUACGAGCUGUGGAAGCAGGGAAAAGACACCACCGUGCUGGACCACCUAAAGUCCACCGAGCUCAGCAGCCCCGAGCUAGAGAUGUGGAGGCAGCAGCGUAUCGCUUACCGGGCAAACCUCCUGCAAAGGGCUAAGCAGAAGAUGAAGCAGGUGCGGCGUUUAAAGCUGGAGGAGGUGAAGGUGCUGGCGGAGGAGGGCAUCGAGCUGAAUGCCGCCGAGUACCAGCGUCAGGUGGAGGAACGCGAGGCCCAGCGGAGGCAGGAGAGGGAGGAGAGGCUGGCCAGGGAGGCCCUGAUGACCCUGGAGGCCAUGGAGCGUGAGGAGCAAGAGGCCGCUGAGGCCGCGGCUAAAGCGGCAGAGUCUCCAUUCGUAGAAGAAUCCGAAAGCGUACCGCCGAGCUUGACGGACGACAUCGAGAAGAAGAAGCAGAAAAAGCCAAAGAAGGUUUUCCCAAAUGCCAUCACCGGGUUCGAGCAGGCGUUUGAGCAGUACGCUAUAUCCGGCUUCAAGGAUUCUGACAGCGCGGCCAGUAAUCCUGACACACAGUCGCCGGGGGACGGCGACAUCCCAGAAGACAGCAAGAUGGAUGUGAGUGCCACCCAGGCAUGCUACUCCAAGAUGAAAAAACCAACUGAGGUGAAGAAGAGUCGCCGCCACCCCCUCAGUAAACCUCCCAUGCGCUCGCCUCUGUCCAUCGUCAAGCAAGACCCGACCAGUGACAAAGAGGCGUCGUCCCCUAUGCCUCUGGAUAGCGACAUGAAGAAACAAGAGCACCUGUGGCAGAACCACUCGCCCAACUUCCUGGCAGAGAAGGCCUUCAACGCCGCAGUGGCCGUGCUGCAACCUCACUGUGCUAUUUGUUCGCUUUUCUGUCCCUACACAAAGCCGCAGAAAGACGCCCCCAAUGCAAACGAAACGCCGCGCGGCCCCGUUCCCCGUCACGGCAGCAUGACUCGUCCGUUGGUCCCGGAGAUGUGCUUCAGCGUCGGAGCGGGGAACACGGAGCCCCCACCCACAAACUAUCACAUCGGGGAGGAUGGAACCAGUCUCCUGAUCUGCUGUUCAUCUUGCCACAUGCAGGUUCAUGCCAGCUGCUACGGUGUAAAGCCGGACUCUGUUGGUCAGUCCUGGAUAUGCUCACGAUGUGCAGCAGGAGCCUGGACAGAGGAGUGUUGUCUCUGUAACUUGAGAGGUGGAGCUUUGAAGACCACCACAAAUAACCGGUGGGUCCACGUCAUCUGUGCCAUCGCCGUGGCCGAAGCUCGCUUCGUCAACGCCAUUGAGAGGGAGCCGGUGGACGUCAGCGCUGUCCCCGAAACCCGCAAGAAUCUGAAGUGCGUGUUCUGCCACGGCAAGAGUGCCAACCAGAACCGCGGCGCCUGCAUCCAGUGCUCGUACGAGAACUGCGCCACCUCCUUCCACGUCACCUGCGCCCAAAUCGCCGGCGUAGUCAUGACCCCGGCCGACUGGCCCUACGUGGUGUCCGUCACCUGCCACAGGCACAGAAUCAAAAGGGCCACUCAGAAGCCUCGAACGGCGCCCAAAGCACCGCAGGGUCCCACCCUGGGCCAGAAGGUGAUCGGUCGCAACAGCGACAGCUGGUACUACCACUGCACCAUCAUCGGCAUGGCAACGCAGACGUUCUACGAGGUCAACUUCGACGACGGCUCGUACUGCGACAACUUGCACCCGGAAAACGUCUUGAAUCAUGACUGCCUCCGUACCGGUCCUCCUGACAUCGGGGAGUUGAUCAUGGUCAGCACGCCUGAGGGUCAGGUCCUCAACGCCUCCUUCGUCAAACAGCACAUUCACAAGUUGUACCAGGUUGAGUUUCAGGACCAGACCCAGCUGCUGCUCAAGCACUCGGAGAUCUUUCAGCUGGACCAGGAAUUACCCAAGAGGGUCAGAGCCCGACUGGGGCCGAUACUCCAGGAGGAGGUCUCCUCAGCAGACGAAGCUCAAGCAGCCAAACGCCCCCGCCUGCCCUCGGGUUCGGCCCCGCCUGCCGACACCCCCAUGGAGACGGCCGGUCCGCCCGCCUGCCACCCGACCGCAGCGCUGGCGGCGCCGCCUCCGCCUCCACCAGGACACCACAGUAUUAGUACACCGUCAACCUCACAGCCUCUGUGUCAGCCCGCCACGACCCCGCAGGACGCCCCCGCCCCGUCCGCCGACAUUCAGAUGGUCGCCGGGACCCCAAUGGACACGAGCGGCGCUGCUCUCGCCGGCGCCGUAUCAGAGCCACACCUGGCCUCAGACCCCACGCUGACGCCGCACUGUACUCCCUUUCAGACCACCCUGAACUCUGACCCCCUCCUCUCCGCCCCGUCCCCUCCUCCUCCUCCUCCUCCUCUUCCCCCCCGGCACAUGUCUGAAGGCUACACGCCCAGCAGCGGAUACGUGUCCUACAUGGAGACGCUCCUACAUUCACAUUUUCCUCAGGACGAUGGCGCCGGACCUCUGUAUUAAAAAUGAAAAAAAACUGACAAAAAAAAAAACUACUCCACUCUGUUAUUACUCGGCCAGUGGAGGCUGAGCCAAUAGGAAGUAAGCUAAUGGAGGUGGGUCCUGCUGAGUGCUGUAUUAAUGGACAUGUAUAUUUCCUGUUCCGGCUCUGAGUGCUCGAGAGGGGGAGCAGGAAAACACACGGACACGAAGCACUCUUUUAAUGCAUGUUACUUUUCUAUUUUUGAGUUGUAUUUGCAGUGGUGCUUUAACCUGCUCUGAGCAGCAGCUAAAUAGGACAAGGCUUUUUUUUUUUUUUUUUUUAUUAAAUGUUUAACGUUAUUAUUAUUAUUAUUAUUAUUAUUGUCUUCUCUUUUUUUUUUUUUUUUUUUUUUGAUAAGCCUUUUUGGUUUUUGUGGUCAGCUGCUUUUUUCCCCCCCUCCAUUUCAAUAUGAACAGACUCUGGGUGGCAUCAACUCCAUACCUCGUUGCAUUAACUCAACAACAACGGCACACUCCCGUUUUCUUUCUACAAGAAGCUAAUUACCAGGACAGCCUCUGAGCAAAGAGGCCCCCGGUGGACUCUGCUUUUUCUUUUAUAAAAUCUAAUAACCAGCAACAAGAUGAUCUAUUUUUCAAUCCACUCAAAGCCACUAAUGACUUUGAAACUGUUUGGAAAGGAAAGCGUCACAUUGUCCAUCUACAGGAUGUUUUCGAUUAAGUGAUUUUGUUGGGGUUUUUUGUCAGAUUGCAAGACUUAUUUGGGGGAAACAGGGUAUAAUAAUAAUAAUUAAAAAAAAUGAUGUAUUGUAGCAGGAACUCAGUAUUUAAUUGUCUUAGUCGAAUAUUGAAAGAGUUAUUUGUAAUAGAAUCAACUUGUUGAACGCAAACACUAGUAGGUGAAGAUGUGUCACAGUAGUUAACAGGUGAGACCUUUUAUGUAGUGACAUCAUUUCGCAUCGAUCACGCGGCGGCUCUGCAUUUUACACCAAAACUCUCUCUCAGGGUUCCUACAUGUGGAAAACCUUUAUUAUUUUUCGACAUCCACGUCGGGCGGUGUUCUCCCUGUGUCUGCGUGGGCUCUCUCCCGGUUCCCCCCCGGCUUCCUCCCGCCCUCGCUGGUCCCCUCCGUCCCCCUCCUCUCGGCCUCCAGAGGACACGGGGGUUCCACAGAAAACGAGUGAGCGGAUGAAGAUCCGAGUCUUCGUCUUCACGCAGCUGAGAAGAGCAAGGAAAUUCUUCGCGCUUACGUUUGGCGAGCGCGCGCGCGUUGCUUACGUCGUCAUACUCGCUCCCGUUAAAGGCGACGGGCGUCUCUCGUCUGCCGUCACGCGUCUCUCCCAUCAGCACAAGUCGACAGAAUUAUGAAGUCCGUUGUAAAGAAGUCUGAAAAAUGUGAUGUUUGGAAAAAAGGAAAUAUGUAGGAACCCUUAAAUCUGGAUUUAUUGUACCAUUCUUGGUUUAAAGUGUAUGUAUAAAAUCAAUAUGGUAUAUUGUUAAUGUAUGUUUUUUCUAUUACUGUAUUGUAUCCUUUCUAUGUCCCGUUUUCUGAACUGAAUUCAUGAACUUGGCCGAUCUUAAAUAUUAAUUUCCUUUGUAUUUUUGACAGACGUUGGCAGUCACCUUACUCAGUUUGUACCGACAACUACACGUUUGUCUUUAUUAUGUUUUUUUUUUUUUUUCCCGGAUCUGGGCCUUUUGGGCACAGAGGUGCUAAAGAGAUAUUAAAACUACUGAUGGAUUGAUUUACCCAACGCUGUCACCUUGUACAUAGCGCAGGCCUGGUGUUGUGAAUCAGAUUUGUAAAUGUCACGCCAUUCUUUUCCCAUUUUUUUCGGUCACCAGAAAUGUUGGAACAGAGAUGUGGUCCUGUAUCCGAAUGAUGCUCAUGAAGAAAAUGUCGGGGAUUAAAAAUGGGUUGCUAGUCGCAA